AGUCAGCAGAGCACAUAUCAGUUUUUAAACCGAGUCCAUACAGAGAAAAGAGCUGCUCCUCAAUCUGCAGCUUUUCAUACAUGUAGAGAUUUUUCUGUCUUUCGUCUCUUUUUUUUAUCCUUAAUAUCUGUCAGGAUGAGUUUAGACUCUUUUUUCUUAUUGUUUCUCCUCAUCGUUUGCUCUGAGUCGGAGAUUCCACCAGAUAUAGAGCAGCCAUCAGCCUUAGACCAACAGCGAUUGGUGAACCCAAAUCCUCCUGUAACAACUCUAACCCCAAAAGCCAACAAAGCACCUGAGACUGAGGAGUUUUUAGAUUCACAAGAAUGUCUGGAGAAAGGGUUGACUCGAGCAUCAUGUGACCUGGUGUUUUGCCCUCCAUGGCAGCGGUGUGUUGAAGGACAAUGUGUCUGCAAACCUCCCUACCUGUGUCCCACUGAGGGCAUGGAGGCAGUUUGUGGGCUUAACCACAGGUCCUACACAUCUUAUUGCCAGACAUUGGCAGUCUCAUGCCGAACCAAGAAGCCCCUAAUGUCCCACUUCGGAAAAGAGUGCAAAGAGAACAUUCCUAAGUUCCAAAGCUCCCUGAACGAAACCACAGGACUGAUCAGGAUCUUCCUUCCUGGCAGCUCUGGAGGUGGCGAGGACUUACUGGUGUGUCAGGAGCUGUGGGACAUGGCAGCUGCUAAUGUUGCCUGCAAGAACCACGGCAGUCCACUAGGUGCAGGAUCUGCAUAUGCUUUGAGCCACAAGUCCCUGAUGGCCAACAGUGACAACAAAGAUCUCCCCUGGAGCUGCGUCAGCAUCCGCUGCCAAGGCUAUGAAACGUCUCUGGCUGAGUGUGAAAUCUACAACAAGGUGAAAGCUGAUGACAGAAUGGUAGCUGCAGCAACCUGCUAUAGGAUAGGACAUGAAGAUUCUGACUUCACCUGUGCAAAUCACAAACGCAUCAACCGCAACCAGACAUGUGACGGAGUCGACGACUGCGGCGACCGCAGCGAUGAGAUGUGCUGCAAAAAAUGCAGGAAUGGUGCUUUCCGCUGCAGGACGGGCAUUUGUUUGCACGGAGACGCAGUUGGUGACAAACAGAUCGACUGUCUAGAUGGUGCAGAUGAGUCACAGAAGCAUGAGACUGCAUUCACUUCAAGAACGUUAGCGCAGAGUUCAACACAAAACCCCUCAGAGUACAUCUCUCGUAAAAAUGAAACCAGGACCAACAGAGAGCACCUGGAAACAAAGCUGUUCUGUGGGAUUCCCAACAAGGACGUGGAGAAAGACACGCAAGAGGAGGAGCGAGGAAGGACCAUCCGAAAGAAGAGGGUGGUGGGAGGACACCCGGCGAAUCCGACUCAGAUCCAGUGGCAAGUGGCCCUGGAGGAGAACCGGAGGAUCGACUGUGGAGGAGCUUACAUCGGAGGCUGCUGGGUCCUCACUGCUGCUCACUGUGUCAGGCCGAAACCUUCUGCAUUCAAAGUCAAGUUUUCUCUAUGGAAGAAAUUUCGAGCUCAAGGAACAACGGACAUUGUCCCUGUGGAAGACAUCCUCAUCCACCCAAAGUAUGUGCCCGCCACAUAUGAAAACGACAUUGCUCUGAUAAAGCUGGAGAAGCUUCCAUUCAUGGAUAAAUGCCUGGAAGACAACCCGGGUGUCAGAGCGGUGUGCGUCCCCUGGACCACUCAACUGUUUCAACCCAACCACACCUGCAGCAUCUCAGGGUGGGGGCGAACUGCAGAUGGGAGGUCGGCUCAGGUGCUGCUCUGGGCCAACGUGUCGCUCAUCUCCGGCUGUGAAUCUUCCUACAAGCAUCGCUUUAAACCAGGGAUGAUGUGUGCAGGCGAUUUGGACGGCAGGGUGGACUCGUGUCAGGGCGACAGUGGCGGUCCUCUGGUCUGCACGGACGAACUCGGGGUGUCCUACCUGUGGGGCAUCGUCAGCUGGGGGGAGAGGUGUGGACAGCAGGGGUUCCCAGGGGUCUACACCCAGGUUGCUCAUUACUUUGAGUGGAUCCGGCUUCACACCGGCUGGUCCGCAGUCACCAGAUUUAACACCUGAAGAGACCAUCAAGCUUCUUCUCGCUGCUUCAGUUUAAACUCUUCAUCCUGAUGGAGACUUUAAUGUGAUCACAGCUUUUAUCUGCUAAUAAAAACAGCUUUACCAAUAA